AUGCAGUCGGCUCAGAGGCCCCUCGCGGGCAAGAAGACCCUGUGGCAGUCCAUUUGCUCCAAUCCCAAAGUUGUCUUCAUCGCGCUAUUUGCGUCUCUCGGUGGCUUUGAGUAUGGCUACCAGCAAGGUGUCCUGGGCCAGUCGCUCGUCAUGACGCGCUUCACUUCCAAUUUCCCCUCGGUUGUCAACUCCUCUUCCGCCACAGGUUGGUUGACUUCCAUUCUCCAGCUCGGAGGUAUUGUGGGCUCCCUCUCUGCUGGUAUUCUCAGCGAGCUCAUUUCCCGAAAGCGCACCAUGUUUGUUGCUUGCCUCUGGGUCAUCUUGGGUAGCUACCUCUACAUUGGAGCCAAGGCUGGUGCGCCGUCUCUGCUCUACGCCGGCCGUUUCUUCACCGGUAUUGGUGUUGGCCUCUUCAGUGGCGUUGCGCCGCUGUACAAUGCCGAGCUUUCGCUCCCAGAGAUGCGCGGCUUCCUCGUCUCGUUUUACCAAUUUGCCACCAUUCUUGGCAUCAUGCUCUCCUUCUGGAUCGGCUACGCCAGCAACUACAUCGGCGGCACCGGCGAGUCCCAGUCUGACAUGGCAUGGAGACUGCCGUCCAUUAUUCAGGGAAUCCCAGCAGCUGCUCUAGCAAUUGGAAUCUGGUUUAUGCCCUACUCGCCUCGAUGGCUGGUCAAAGUGGGACGCGAUGAGGAGGCCAAGGCGACGCUGGCCUGGAUGAGGAAACUGCCCAUGGACGACAAGCUCGUGCAACUCGAAUUCUUGGAAAUUAAAGCAGAGGCUGUCUUUGAGAAGAAGGCCUUUGCCAGAGAUUUUCCAAAACUUGCCGACGUGAGCCAGCAAAGCGCCUUCAAGGAGCAGAUCGCCCAGUAUAUCAACUGCUUCAGAACUCGUGAUAAUUUCAAGAGAAUUUCGACGGGAUUUCUUACUAUGGGAGCGCAGCAAUGGAGUGGCAUUGAUGCUAUAGUCUACUACUGUCCGACCAUUUUCCACAGCCUUGGUUUGACGUCUGGAACGACGGCGUUGUUGGCAACUGGCGUCACGGGCGUGGUGUUUAUGGCCAGCACGAUCCCUGCCAUGUUUAUAAUUGACAGAGUUGGCCGAAAGCCAAUGUUGAUUGUGGGAUCGAUAGUCAUGGGGAUUUCCAUGGUCAUUGUGGGCAUCAUCGUGGCCAAAUUCAGGCAUGACUGGACCUCGCAUGCUACAGAAGGCUGGGUAGCUGUCGCACUCAUCUGGGUCUACAUUGCCGGCUUUGGCGCCACCUGGGGUCCCGUCUCCUGGACCAUUGUCGCCGAAAUCUUCCCUCUUUCUAUUCGUGCAAAGGGCAGCUCCAUCGGCGCCUUCAGCAACUGGCUCAACAACUUCGCCAUUGCCUUUUUUGUGCCGCCGAUGCUCGAGGCCUGGGCCUGGGGCACGUACAUCUUCUUUGCCGUAUUCCUGGCCGCGGGUAUGCUGUGGGUCUGGCUAUGUCUGCCCGAGACCAAGAACGCGAGUCUGGAAGAGAUGGAUCGCGUCUUCAACAGUCACACUGGUGCGCGGGAUGCUGAGAUGUUACUCGCAGCGCAGGAGGAGGUUGGCCUGACGGCGCUCCUCGAGGGCCAUGGCAUGGUGCACGACAAAGCCGGAUCUGUCGCUGUGGUUGAGCACGUUUGA